GUCCGCGGCGGCUGCACCACUAGGAGAAGGUCGCCGCAGCUCCCCGGGCUAGGGCUUCGGCUCUGGCGGUGCAGUUUGGGGUCUGUCUGAGAAGUGAUCGCCUUUUUCCUAAGGCAGAUGGCUGGCCUAGAAGCAUAACCCUCCCUGCACCCCGGAUUUGCGCUAGAUUCUUCUCUUGGACUUUGCGACUUGUGACCAGCAUGCUGUGAUGUGUGCCCAGGGAGGAAUUGGUCACUCACACAACCUGGAUCUUGCUGCAUUUUGGACAUGACUGAGCCUCAUCAAUGGGCCAGAUAUCACUGGCAGCGGCUGACUCGUGGUACAAACAGGACUGAUGAUGAGAGACCAUACAACUAUUCUUCUUUGCUUGCCUGUGGGUGCAAGUCCUCUCAGACCCCCAGACUGGCAGGAAAGCACCGGGUUGUUGUUCCCCACCUCCGGCCCCUCAAGGAUGAAUAUGAAAAGUUCUCUGGAACCUAUGUGAAUAAUCGAAUACGAACAACAAAGUAUACACUUCUGAAUUUCGUGCCAAGAAAUUUAUUUGAACAAUUUCACAGAGUCGCCAAUUUAUACUUUCUAUUUCUGGUUGUCCUCAACUGGGUACCUUUGGUGGAAGCCUUCCAAAAGGAAAUAACAAUGUUGCCUCUGGUAGUGGUCCUUACAAUUAUUGCAAUUAAAGAUGGCUUAGAAGAUUACAGAAAAUACAAAAUUGACAAACAGAUCAACAAUUUAAUAACUAAAGUUUACAGUAGGAGAGAGAAAAAGUAUGUGGACCGACGCUGGAAAGAUGUGACAGUUGGAGACUUUAUUCGCCUUUCCUGUAACGAGAGCAUUCCUGCAGAUAUGGUCUUACUCUUUUCCACUGAUCCAGAUGGAAUCUGUCACAUUGAGACUUCUGGUCUUGAUGGAGAGAGUAAUUUAAAACAGCGGCAGGUGGUUCGAGGCUUUGCAGAGCAGGACUCUGAGGUUGACCCCGAGAAAUUUUCCAGUAAGAUAGAAUGUGAAAGUCCAAAUAACGACCUCAACAGAUUUCGAGGUUUCCUAGAACAUUCCAACAAAGAACGCGUGGGUCUCUGUAAAGAAAAUUUAUUACUUAGAGGAUGCACCAUUAGAAACACAGAGGCUGUCGUGGGCAUUGUGGUUUAUGCAGGCCAUGAAACGAAAGCCAUGCUGAAUAACAGCGGUCCCAGGUAUAAGCGCAGUAAAUUGGAAAGAAGAGCAAACACAGAUGUCCUCUGGUGUGUCCUGCUUUUGGUUAUCAUGUGUUUAACGGGUGCAUUGGGUCAUGGAAUCUGGUUGAGUAGAUAUGAGAACGUGCCCUUCUUUAAUAUCCCUGAGCCUGAUGGACAUGUCAUAUCACCAGGGUUGGCAGGAUUCUAUAUGUUUUGGACUAUGAUCAUUUUGUUACAGGUCUUGAUUCCCAUUUCUCUCUAUGUUUCCAUUGAAAUUGUGAAGCUUGGACAAAUAUAUUUUAUUCAAAGUGAUGUGGAUUUUUACAAUGAGAAAUUGGAUUCUACUGUUCAGUGCCGGGCCCUGAAUAUUGCUGAGGAUCUUGGACAGAUUCAGUACCUCUUUUCUGAUAAGACAGGAACCCUUACGGAGAAUAAGAUGGUUUUUCGAAGAUGUAGCGUGGCAGGCUUUGAUUACUGCCAUGAAGAAAAUGCCAAGAGGUUAGAGUCCUAUCAGGAAGUUAUCUCCGAAGAUGAAGAUCUUGCAGAGGCUCCCAGUGGUUCCCUCAGCAAUGUGGCAAAACUAAAGGCCUCCAACUGCAGGACAGUUCAUAAUGGGCCUUUGGGAAGUAAAUCCUCAAAUUAUCUUGCUGGGAGCUGUUUUGCUCUAGGAAGUGGAGAAGGAGCCAGUGAAGUGCCUCAUUCCAGACAGGCUGCUUUCAGUAGCCCCAUUGAAACAGAUGUGGUUCCAGACACCAGGCUUUUGCACAAAUUUAGUCAGAUUACACCUCAGCUCUUUAACUCCUUAGAUGAAACCCUCCCAAAUCCACCACUGGAGACGUUAUACAUCUUUGACUUCUUUAUUGCAUUGGCAAUUUGUAACACAGUAGUGGUUUCUGCUCCUAACCAACCGCGACAAAAGGUUGGCCUCUCUUCACUUAGUGGAAUGCCCAUUAAGUCUUUGGAAGAGAUUAAAAACCUCUUCCAGAGAUUGUCUGUCCGGAGAUCAAGUUCACCAUCUCUUGCCAGUGGCAAAGAGCCUUCAUCUGGGGUCCCAAACCCCUUUGUGAGCAGACUGUCUCUCUUCAGUAGAAUGAAAUUGACUUCACCUGUAGAGGAAGAGGCCUCCCAGUGCAGUGAGAGUCCUCAAGACUCUAGUCAUCCCGAAUGCCCUUUGGAAACAGAGAAACAAGACUGUGACGCAGGCCUCACCAAUGGUCAGGUGGAGUCCCUCCCUGGACAGCCCUUGGCCUCAAACCUGUGUUAUGAGGCCGAGAGCCCGGAUGAAGCGGCCCUGGUGUAUGCUGCCAGGGCUUAUCAGUGCACUUUACAAUCCCGGACUCCAGAGCAGGUCAUGGUGGACUUUGCUGCACUGGGACCAUUAACAUUUCAACUUUUACACAUCCUGCCCUUCGAUUCAGUAAGAAAAAGAAUGUCUGUUGUGGUCCGGCACCCUCUUUCUAACCAAGUUGUGGUGUAUACAAAGGGUGCUGAUUCUGUAAUCAUGGAAUUACUUUCCACGACUAACCCAGAUGGAGCAAGUCUGGAAAAACAACAGAUGAUAAUAAGGGAGAAAACCCAGAAACACUUGGACGACUAUGCCAAACGAGGCCUACGCACUUUAUGUAUAGCAAAGAAGGUUAUGAGUGACACUGAAUAUGCAGAGUGGCUGAGGAAUCAUUUUUUAGCUGAAACCAGCAUUGACAACAGGGAAGAGUUAUUGCUUGAAUCUGCCAUGAGGUUGGAGAACAAACUAACAUUACUUGGGGCCACUGGCAUUGAAGACCGUCUGCAAGAGGGUGUCCCUGAGUCUAUAGAAGCCCUUCAAAGGGCCGGCAUCAAGAUCUGGAUGCUGACAGGGGACAAGCAGGAGACAGCUGUCAACAUAGCUUACGCAUGCAAACUGCUGGAGCCAGAUGACAAGCUUUUUAUCCUCAAUACCCAAAGUAAAGAUGCCUGUGAGAUGCUGAUGGGCACAAUUUUGAAAGAACUUCAAAAGAAGAAUCCAGCCUCUCCAGAGCAGGCAUUCUCAAGUGAGGAUGUACGCCUGCCUCCUGGCCCACAGGACUCAGCGCCGAGGGCUGGACUCAUCAUCACUGGGAAGACGUUGGAGUUUGCCCUGCAGGAGACGCUGCAGAGGCAGUUCCUGGAGCUGACUGCUUGCUGUCAAGCAGUGGUCUGCUGCCGAGCCACACCCUUGCAGAAAAGCGAGGUGGUGAAACUGGUACGCAACCACCUCCGGGUGAUGACGCUGGCCAUCGGUGAUGGCGCCAAUGAUGUCAGCAUGAUACAAGUGGCAGACAUUGGGAUAGGAAUCUCAGGCCAAGAAGGCAUGCAGGCGGUGAUGGCCAGUGACUUUGCUGUGUCUCAGUUUAAACACCUCGGCAAGCUCCUGCUUGUCCACGGGCACUGGUGUUACACACGCCUCUCCAACAUGAUUCUCUACUUUUUCUACAAGAACGUGGCCUAUGUGAACCUCCUAUUCUGGUACCAGUUCUUCUGUGGGUUUUCAGGAACAUCCAUGACUGACUACUGGGUCUUGAUUUUCUUCAACCUCCUUUUCACAUCUGCCCCUCCUGUCAUUUAUGGUGUUUUGGAGAAAGAUGUGUCUGCAGAGACCCUCAUGCAACUGCCCGAACUGUACAAGAGUGGUCAGAAGUCAGAGGCAUACUUACCCCUCACCUUCUGGAUUACUUUGUUGGAUGCCUUUUAUCAAAGCCUGGUCUGCUUCUUUGUUCCUUACUAUACCUACCAGGACUCAGACAUUGACAUCUUCAGCUUUGGAAACCCUCUGAACACAACUGCUCUGUUUAUCAUUCUCCUCCACCUGGUAAUUGAAAGCAAGAGUUUGACUUGGAUCCACAUGCUGGUCAUUGUUGGCAGCAUUUCAUCUUAUUUUUUCUUUGCCUUGGUUUUUGGAGCCAUGUGUGUAACUUGCAACCCACCAUCCAACCCCUACUGGAUUAUGCAGAAUCACAUGCUGGAUCCAAUAUACUACUUUGUUUGCAUCCUCACAACCUGUGUUGCUCUUUUGCCCAGGUUUAUAUACCGAGUUCUUCAGGGGUCCCUGUUUCCAUCUCCAGUUUUGAGGGCUAAGCACUACGACAAACUGAGUCCAGAGGAAAGGAUUAAAGCUCUGAAGAAGUGGAAAGGUGCUUUAAAGGUGGGUCAAAUGACACCUAAGUAUGCUGACCACUCAGCUGCCAAGUCAGAGAGACAACCCAUGUCUGAUUCUUCUGGAGUUUUUGCAAUGAUGUCAACAACUUCUUGUAAUGUUGAGCAAGGACACUUGUCUGUAUCUGAAACUGCUUUAGAUUUAGACUACUCAGAAACAAAUGCUUUAGGGAUGGCUGGACACUCAAAGGAUUAAAAAGCAGGUUACCUUCCUUGGAGUUGCAAGUAUUCCUAUAAGUUUGGAAGAGAGACUUUGAAGAGGCACUUCUAUCAAGCAUGAAUGUCUUGGAUUUUUCUGGACUUGGAAAAACCCAUGUGAUGACCUUUAUUGUAUGCGUGUAGAUACAUUUCCAUAAGAGAAUAGUUUGACCAGGCAGAAUUUAAGGAAGUGAAGUUUUUAAUUUAUGAUCAAAUGCUUCUAUGAAACUUUUUGGAUUUUGUAAAAGCACUUUGAUUGUUUUAGAAUAUAAACAUUUUCAAGGGGAUUCAUUUGAGAUUUAUUUAUUAUUUUGGGAAGAUUCUAGGAAAAUGCUUCAAAUGAGCAGACUCCAAUCUGAGUUAUUUUUCAAUUAAGAAAAGGGAGUUUAUAGAUUAAUUAGUUAGAACUCAGAGGAGAUUUCCAUAUGCAAAAAUGUUACAAAUGGUUAAUUUCCCGAGAAAAAGUUGUAAGAACCUUUUAAGUAACAAAAAAGGACAAAAAUUGAACUACUUAAAAUACAGUUAGUAAUAACAACAGCUUACUUCCUAUAGGAAGAUGCCUUUGAUCUUCUCACUGAAGAUGUUAGGUGUAUCUUUCUUCAUUUCAGUGUUCUUCUGAGGAGGAGUCUUUACUGGAAAGGGGCAGGCAGAUGCCAUCAUUUAUAGGAACUUGUUCCUCUCUCAGCUUCCAGUCAAACGAAGACCCUUCUUGAGGUCUGCCUCUGUGCAGAUGUUGUAAUGGAAAAACAGAUUCAGAGAUAAGGCAAACAGAAUCAGCUGAGCUGACGCAAAUUUCUAAUUUCUAAAACUGCUAAGAGCCUGACUAAAAUGAGACAAUUUCAAAACCAUUAAAAGAGGUCAUGUGAGGGAUCAUAGUCUUUACUAUGACCUUACAACACCAGAGUGUUGUAACAGAUAUUAUGAAUUGAUACUAAUAUGGAUGGUUUUCAGUAGGAUUCCAAGAAUUUUUUUAAUGCAUUUUUAGGACAGGAAUGUCUAUAGCAAUUUAACUGCUGUUAUAAAUCAUCUAUGCUGCUUUUAGUUGAAACAAAGAGUCCAGGUGAUACUAUAAUAAGGUCCAGGUGAUACUAUAAUAAGGUCAUGUAUUCUUAAAUUCUUUUAAAAUUCACCUGAAAAUUGUCAGCUAUCUAUCACCCAGAAUUUCCUUCAUGAAACAGCCAUGUUCAUGUUCUCUAUCUAUAACAAGGUCUUCUUAAUGACUAUUAAACUGUUAUUCUCAGGGCUUCCUCUACUUCCUGCCUACUGUCCUGGUCUCACUUUGUUUUUUUGUAGUCUUGUGAUAUUAUUGCAAAUGUCUUUUAUAUAUACUGUGAUUUCUAGAAUUUUCAAAAUCCCAUAUGACCAGUGGAAGUAGCUUUCUGCUUCCUUUGUUUUUUUAACAAACAGUUUAAUAAAUAAUGUGUACUGAAAAACUGUCAUCACUCUUGAAGACACGCACUGCAUCCAGCUGUAAUUGGUACCAGAACUUAGAAGGAAAAUCUCAAAACAAACCUUUUACCAGAAUAUUGUUUUGGCCUUUUUUCUUAUGGAAAAAUCAAUGAUACCAUCUGUUAUCUUCAGCAGUUGUUAAUCAUUCCCUGAGAUCAACAUCUUAAAAAUAAAAAUGUAGAGAGAUAGGCACUUGUAAAUAAAGGAUGAGAAUCUAAGGAUAAAAAGAAUAGUCAAAAAGACAAAAAAAGGUCAAUCCCGAGCAAAGGAAAUACCUGUUAAUUUAAGUAGAGGAAAGUGAUCUGUGUGGUCAUUUUAUGGGGCCUCAAUCUUAUAACUUUAUCUAUAGUUAUCUAUAAUUAUAAUCAAAAUCCCUAGAGCUCUGAAACCUGAAAAUUUUUUCAUAAAAUUAGCCACAAACUCAAUUCCCUAACAUAUAUGAGACUAUAUACUUAAUGCAAUUUUUGUAUAUUUUUAUGUGUAUCAUUUAUUAAAUGUUUGAAAAAUUCUGGAUUUUGAAACAAAUUUGGCCCUCAGGUAAAAGAAAUUUGAGAAUGGAUUAAACUUUAAAGCAGCUCAUUUUAAAAAGAAUAACUUUUACACAAAGUUACCCAAGGUGAGGUGGGUCUAUUACAUUUUAGUAUUAAACACAUUUCCUUGAGUUUUGGGGUGGGGGGCAAGAGUUAUAUCAUUACUCCCAGGAACCAAGAAAAACUGAUGACAAAAUGUGUUAUACAUAUUUGGGAAUGUAAUUUUACCACAAAAAAAUUGAUAAAAUCUUUGGAUCAGUUUCCCCAAAUACACUCUAGACACUAAAAUUCCCUGUAUUCUUACCAGGGAUAAAAUUUUUCCUGGACACUCAAUGGGUGAUUUCAGACUACUAGCAAUCUCUCAGACUAAUCAGAAAAUCAUCUAUCUGUGCUAUAAAAAGCAGGUUUGUGUGAGAGGUAAGAGGUAAAUUUUGGCUGGAAGCUUAGUGGCAACUAUUACAAUGAUGACAGUUUUCUGGGACUUGCUAUUCACGCUCUCUAUCCAUCAAAAACAAAAACAAUGUUACAUUCAUUUUAUUUGCAUCAUGGAUUAUUUAAAAUAAGUACAAUAUAUACAUUUUGCUGAACACAAAUUGAGGCACGCUAUAGUAGUUACGUGAAGUCUGUAUCUACACCUAUAACAAAAUUGACAUGUUCUUAAACUUUCAUAGAAUUGUGACUACAAUUCAAUUGCUGGAUUUCACAUUCUCAAUAGGUUUAUACAAACUACAGAACAGGAGAUGAAUAACAUGGAAAGUGUCAAGACAACUUUUUGAAUUUCAAACACGUAUAUACAGCAAAGAGUACAAAAAUACAUGUAUAAAAUUGCAGGUAGUCUCUGUGGAAUGCUGAGGCAGUCCAGGUUGCUGGUGUGGUGAGUAGGCAGUCCUACUUGUUGAAAAGGCAUUUGGAUGUUGCAAAAUGAACUUACCUAAUUCAAUUAGGUAGAUGUGAACAUUUGUGUUUUGGAACUUUUUAGUGUGGAAAAAUACUUAAAUCACUAAUUACUUCAGAAACCAAUGUGCGUCAAGUGGUCUAGUGCUUAAUAGCAUUUAAAAUUUUAAUUAUCAAUGGGGCAUAAUGGCAACACCAGCUAUUAAAUAUCUUUCAAGGAAAAUUACAAAAUCUUUUACUCCAUGCAAAGUCUUACUUUGCUUUGAGAUACAUUUCUGUGACUUUUUGGUAUGGACGAACAUUGGAAAAUAUUUCAUUGGGAAUAGGGUGUAAUUUUCUUUUUUAAAAAAAUUGCACAUCAUUAGUCUAAAGUAGUUCCCCUUUGCCAAAGUUUAAACUUCAAUGUUACCUAGGAAGAACAAAAUAUUUCCCCUGAAUAUUUUCCAAGUCAUGGACAUCUCAGUUAGCCAGCUGAUUAUCACUGAACAAGCCCCAAAGAGUCUAUGGAGAAUUUUCUAUAAAAUUACAACUUUUAUUUAAAUUCAGAAUGGGCAGUCUUAGAAAGUUAAGUGCUAAUGUUGUUAUUUAAAGAGCUUUGUGUUCACUAUCUCUUGCUAUUUAAGCUACUUAAAUGGUUGGUACUUGUCUUUUACCUCUGACUGCCUUUCACAAGUACUUAGAAUGAAGCAAACUCUUGAAAAGUAAUAGUAAAUAAUUUAAAAGUAAAUUAUCUGGGUUAUUAAUGAAGCAAGCUUCCAACUUAAUGUUGAAAUCUGCCGCUAUGUUAUUGUGCUUAAAAACAAGAGUUAGCAUAACUUCGUUAGCCUAAAUCUGGAGCUUGAUGUCCUUUAUGUGAUCGGAUAAAAGGGAAUUUUCAAUAACCUGUCACCUAAGCACCUGCGUUAUUCUAACUUUCUCAAGAAUUGAUCCUUUCACACUACAAUCAUGGUUAGGCCUGGCCACAGGACAAAAGCUGCUUUGCUUAGUUUUUUUGUUUUUUUUUUUUUUAAAUGACUUUCAUUAAAUUUGAAAUAAGAGAAAGUUGAAAAAAAAAAAGUUGAAUCAAAUCAAACCAAAACACACAUGAGCACAGUACAGUGUGCAGUGAACAUCCCUGCCCAUGAAAAGUGCUUCUGUACAAUUCUCCGCAGGAGAUUCCCACAGUCAAGAAGGCCAUUUUCGAGUAUAGCUGGCUAAAGUCUUUGAUCAUCUUUGGAAUUAGUUUAGGAGAAAGGUAUGGAUAUAUAUUUGUCUUUUAAUCCAGUCGACAAAGUAUGACACGUUGCUAUAAACUCCAGGUCCCAGGACUUUGGAAAAGCAGAUCGAGCCCCAUGAAGUUAAACCAAAUAAUGUCCACUGUCCUCGAGGCUGCUCACAAACAAGAGGCCCGCCGCUGUCACCCUGUAAUGAAGGGCAGUGGGCGUUAGUCACUGGGACUUCAGAGUCCUCCAGUGUCCAUGUUGUCCCACUGGUACAAUGAUGCCAAAUCAAAUUAUUUAUUGGAAAAUUUUCACAAAGCUUUUACUGUCAGCCUAUGGUGGAGCAUGCUUUCCACCACACCAAUGGAAACUUCAAGUGAAUGUGUUAAGAUAUAAUCUUUACAAGGCUAGGGGUGCCCAUGGAAAGGAUAUUCCUUCAAUGAAAUCAGAAGACAUUAAAUUUCUGCACUUACCAAAAUAUUAAAUGUGUUUAAUUUAGUGUAUCAGAACUGAUUCUUUCAUAAUGGAAGUCAUUCUUUACAAUGAUCCAUUUCAUAGAAAAUACCCAAUCUAGAACAAAGAUCCUUUCCCCCCACAAAACGCUGUUAGAAAAAUAGCCUAAAAUAACUACUUUCAAGAUUCAAUGCCCUCUAGCAGCCUCAAUUCUGCCGUCAUUUCUCUACAGUUCGCUUUGGUUAAGUUUUGUCUGUUCUUUGUUUUCUUUCUUUCUAUUCUGCAAAUAAGUGAAAUCAGUUGGUAUUUAUCUUCUAAGUGAAUGCUUUUAAAGCAAAAUUUACUGGAAACAUUUUCAUUAGACAUAUUCCACAAUCAUUUUUUUUUUUUUUUUACUGAGUAAUAGUUCAACCUAAGUUACUUUAAAGUUGUUGCCGAACUGAAUCUCCCAGCUAACCAGGUGGCCACUUACCAUGCAUGAAUCAACUGUACCAGACUCAUAGCCAGCACAUAUCAUGCGCGUGGUGAUGGUCUUCAUGUCGAAGUAGGACUGACACUGCUCCAGGGAAAUAAUGCGGACUUCUCCCUCUUGCAGCUUAAAAGGCACUGGAGUUUUUUUGUUUUUUGUUUUUUUUUUUUAAGAUAUAAGAAGAGAAAAUGAUGAAAAUAAGAACCAUCUUCUUUACGUGAAAUGUAAUCUUAAAGAUAAGGUUCAUUUGGGAUCAGAAUUGUCUAAUUACAUGUAGUCAUAGCAAUCACCUAGUCCAAACACUUUAGUUGUUAAAAAAAACAAACUGAGGCAUAGACUGAUUAUCUUGGUUAGGCAACAUGCACUAUGCUUUCCCCCCUUAGCAGAGGAUGCAACAGAACUAAAAAAUUAUAACACAGGGUUGGAAAUGUGAUUGUGCAACUUGUGAAUGGGGGCAGAACUGUGUAAGUGCUAAUGAGAGGCUCCCGGGGACUCUGCCUGCAGACCGUGCAGUGCAGACAGUAGAAACAGGGCUGUGACUAAGAGGCCUCUUCUCUCAUGGUGGCUCCAAAGCAUUGCUGCUGGUGGCCUGGAGAAAGAUUUUGAGAUGUGGAAAAGGACUUUGAGCUUGCACCUGAGCUUGGGCAUUUAAAUACUGUGAUGAACAUAUUGACAUCUAUGAGUUGCAAGGAGGGAGAGCAUGAACAGUCACCAUUUAGGGCUACGCUUUCACCAAGGGCUAGGAAGCAACAGUGUGCUUUAGUUACCAGCAGAAAGGCAAAUGCUCCCGAGGACCCUGGCUUACUUUUGUUGCCCAUGUGCCCCCAGCCUGUGAUAGAACAGUACGUAUCAGGUUCUAGCGACUGCUCUGGGUUGGGUAAGCAGACAGGCCUGACGUAGCUGGUUUCCUUGAUGUCCUCACUGAGCUCCACGAUGCUGAUGUCAUAGUCCACCACCGCACGGCUGUAGCGAGGGUGCAGGAUGAUGGUCUUCACCAGGCGUGUCUGCAUGAAUGAGGACGGGUGGUCUAGAUUGUUGAUGCCGAACACUACUUUCCAAACGGCUGCAUUCUCUCUCCUAAAAUAAUAAUUCCAGAGCGGUUGACAUCUUAAGCUUGGACUUACAUUUUAAAACUUACAUGUGACUUAAAAAAUCAUGGCUCUUGGGCCUCCCCGGUGGUGCAGCGGUUGAGCGCUGGGUUGUGAAGCUGCCCGCGGCCUCUGCGCCGCCGGUUCAAUCCCCGGCUGCUCCCCGGC